AAUGCAACUAUUCCGAAGUCAUCUGCCAUAGUAGUUGUCAUGAUUCCCAGCAUCAGACGGUGGGCUUGGUACAUUCUCAAAUGUUUCGCCUUCAUCGUAGUCGGCAUCAUCAGUGAGCUUUGCCAUUCUCCGCACCAAGCUACGAACACGUCUGAUACAACUAUUCUCCUACAGAUUGGUGGUGAAGAGACUAGUCUUCGGCUGUCUGAGAUGGACGGAGUUGAUAUCCUUCUGCAACAGCUUGCUGCCUACAAGCGUCGUGAUCCAACCAGUCCUGAGGAAGUGGAACUAAUGCACAACCUUUUUAAUUGUUUAUGCACCGCUCUUCUCCUUCCGGCCAACAAACAACGCUUUUUGAAGGGAGAAGGAGUUCAGCUAAUGAACUUGAUGCUUCGGUUGGCCUAA